AUGGCGUCCCUCGCCGCGGGGAUAGUCGAUCCCACAAAAGCCGGCAAAUACCCAGUUGUUUUGAGCGAUGCCUUGCUCGGCAAAGACCCAAAGGAGGUUUUCACUGGUGUGAGAUAUAAUCAUAAGCCGUCAUUAUCGUCAUCUACUGCACCCGCCCAGGCACGAAUAAAACCGACAUCCGCAUCUUCUUCUAAGAAGGGCGCUUCUACAUACGACCUCGCCUUCCAGGAUGACGGCGGCCGCUACCAAUACAAAGGAACACGCGGUGUCGAAGACAGCCAAUAUGUGCUGAUCUUUGACCCCGCCCGCGAGGUCUUUGUCUUGCACAAGGUAGACUCUAUGUUCAAUAUGAACUUGGUAAAGACGCCAUCAAACGACGAUCCCGAGAGCUUACGACAAGACUUUCCUCACUUGGAUGCUCAUAGUGCUGCUAGCAGCGCCAAGGCCACAGGACCAACGAGGCAACCUGCAAAGGGAAGGAAAGAAGAGAAAAAGACAGCGGCUAAGCCACGGAAGCCGGCAUCAAAGCCAAAAGCAGAAGAUAAACCGGUUCUAGCGAUGCCCGAGAAGAAGUCACCUCCGAAGCCCAUAGCAGCUAGCAAGCCGCGCCGCACCUCAGACGAUUCGGAAGAAGAGAGCUCGGACGACGACCUCGGUCUUACAAUAGAGAAUCCAGGUGGCGAGGCGCCGAGAGUCAAUCAACACUACUCUCCCAACCUCUUUGGAAUUCGCCGUUUCUCCGAUUUGAUGAAUGAGGGUGAAGACGAAAAGAACAACGAGGAGCACGACGAUGCUGACGGCGAGGAAGACGACGACGAGCCUAUUGAGCACUUCGUCUUACCUAGCCCGAUCAACCAGCAGAUGCAACAAACUAGCAACCCCCAUAAACAUCCGCAAGCCAACGAGGAAGACGAUGAAGAUGAGGACGAGGAGAUGGAGGAUGUACAGCAAGAACAGCCUGCUGACGCUGAGGAAGCUGUCCUAGAUGAGUCGGAUCUCGAGGCUGCGCUGCUAGCCGAACUGGGCGAAGAGGAUCAGCAAGAAAGCGACGUGAGCGAGGAGGAAUAA